AUGGUCUGGCGCCCAGGCUUCCUUUGGCGCCGGCGAUUUUGCCCCCGGCCCUUCUUGGUGGGCUUGGUGGUGGCCAUCUGUCUCUUCUACCAGACCCUGACCCUCAGAGGGACAAGGAAGCUCACAGCUGCUGUCACCGGGGUGGCCCCCCACACCCCCACGGAUGCCCAGGCAAGCAGAUGCCAGAAGGCGCGCUCGGCUGACACUCGGUGCUUCCCUCUCCCCAGAGACCUGCACGAAGUCAGGAAGAUGGAGGAAUCAACGAGCGCACACUUUGGCAGCCACGGCAGAAGGGCCUUACUUUACCGGCCACCAUCCUACAGCAAAACAGAGCUCCGAGUUCUCCAUCACAUACUCACCCAACAUCGCUAUACUGUUGUGAUUAUUGAAGGGAAGCUUGGUGCUGGUCUUGGACUGGGGCUGCUUGAACAAGGUGAUUUAGACCCAUGGGAUCUGCUCAUUUGCCUAUCUUCCAGGAAGGCUGGUGGAGAGCCAUGUAUAGCCAAGGAAGACAUGUGCCAGUUAGGUUUACAUCAAAAGGUAAACAUAUUACCAGAAAUACAGCAUCAGCUUUGCAGAAAGGAAGGAUUAUGCCAAAUAAUUAGAAGAUUUCCAGCAUUGCGACUUCCAGUCAGUCCGUCUGUGUGUUUGGAUCAGCACUCACAGUUAAAUCCGAGACCUUCACAUCACCUGUUUAAAACAGUGAAGCCACACUUGUGGAAGUCGUGGGACUGGAGACAUGAACAAUUGAACCAAACAACAGUCCUCUCUCCACAUGAAACCACAUUUAAAGCUGAAGACCUAUCUGUGAUUCUUAAGGCGUACGUGCUAGUGACAUCCUUAACCCCUUUGCGGGCAUUCAUCUACUCUACAGGCACAGUUUGGAAUCCACCAAAGAAAAAACGCAUCACUGUCAAGCUGCAAACAUUUUUUGAGACAUUCCUGAGGGCCAGUUCACCUCUUCAGGCUUUUGACAACAUGAAGGAAGCAAUCAACAAACUCCUGUUGGCAGCUGACGUAUUCAGUGAAUCCUCCACUCUGGGACCAAAGGCUUUCAAUAGAUGCAGGUUGUGUUUUCAACUUUUGACUUUUGACAUUGGUUAUGGGAGUUUCAGGAACCCUGUAAUUCUGCAGGUGCAUGAACAUUUGGAUUUCCAAAACGAUGAUGAUAUGAAUUUGGAGGACCAAAAUACAGAAGAAUUCCUUUUAAGAGACACAUUCAAUUUUCUCCUUUCUAAUGAAUCUUCAUUUUCUAUGUUUCCUGAAAUAUUUCAGAGACUUUACCAAUCAAGUGCAUUUAAAAAAAACUUCCCAAAGGAACUAAAUCAGUGCCUGUCUUUAGAGGAUCUUAACUCACUUAUGACUUUCUUAAAGGAACUUGGGAGUCUGGGACAAUUCCAACUGCUCUUCCCAUCUACCACUCCUGGGAUUCAAUCUUUGAUGCAUGAGUUUUAUGAUAUGGAAAAUCCUACAGGGAAGCCUGGCUCAGUCCUGACCCAGUACUGGUCUCUUUUAACUGUAUUUGAACAAUUUCAGCUCAUGAAUAAAAAGGCACAGCUACACCGACUGGAAUGGAAUUCUUUCGUAGAGGAUGAGAACACUGGGGAAUCUCAAGUGCCAUUUGAUGCCAUUGAAAAGAACAAAGCUGCAAUCCCACAAUUUAGGGGUGACACCCCGGAAAUGCACUGCAGUAAUGAUCAAAACACAGUAUGUCUUAUCAAGAAGAUCUUCACAAAUCCACCUUUGGAGCUAAAUCCUGAAUUUAACCCAAAGAUCAAAGAUUAUUACUGUGAAGUGCCAUUUGAUGUGGUUACUGUGACGAUCAGAGCCGAGACUUCCAGGUGUCAGUGCAAGGCACACCUGUAUGAGCGGGCAGGACCAAGCUUUGCCAGCUACCCCCUGGGAUUAGGGAUGAACACAAUCUCCAUGUUCGCGGUGGAUGAAUCAUCAGCUCAGGGUGCCGUUCUGAUCAUAUACAGACUCACCAUCUACCGAGAAGGCCGCCCAAGCCUGCCCUUGUUCGAGGACUUUGCAGCCUGUGGUUUUGUGCAGGACUGUGGUUUGCUGAUUCACCCAGAGGAGACCUGUGGCCUGAAGCCAAUUUCUUCUGACUACAUUGAAGCCAUUUCAAAGCCUGAAGUGAAGAUUUGUCAGUCUGGGGACAUAAAAGGGCAGUGGAUUGUGCCUUGCCUUAGUUGUUCCGACAACAGGACCUGUGACUGGAGAGAAAUCACUUGGCAACCCCACGGCUGUCAAUAUGGCAUCCUGACGAAGCCUCAGCUUCAGCAGUGCCUGGGAGGAAGGAAGAUUCUUUUCAUUGGAGACUCAACCAACAGGGGGAUAAUGUACUAUCUGAUUGAAAGACUGAAUGAAACACUACAGGAAUGGCAAAAGGUGCACGGCACUAAAUUCUAUCAUAACGUCAAUGGUGGCAAGACUUUGAUCAGUUAUUCCUACUAUCCACAGUUCUGGAUAAGUCCGUCAUUGAGACCAACAUUUGAAAAAGCACUUGAACAUCUCUUACAAAGAUCACGUCCCCUAGAGAACACAGGCCAGACUGUAUUGGUUGUUGGUGGUGUUCAGUGGCUUAAUUCUAACCACCUGCAAAUUAUUCACAAGGUUUUGAAGAGGGAAAACUUACUCAAUAUCCUGGUGAUCAUCAAAACACUAGGAAUUGGAUUUCAUCUUCCAGUGGAUGGCGUGCAUUUUUUAACUCAGAGUGAAGUACAGAACCUGUGGAGAGAAAAUCUGAUUAUCCUGGAUGCUGCAAAAAAAUACGGCUAUGAGGUGGUUGAUACUUUCACUAUAACGAUGGGACGAUACAAAGAGUUUCUGCAGGGGAAGUGUGGAUGUCAUUUCCAUGAGGUAGUAAAAUCAAAGUUAUCCAAAGAAGAUCACUUUCUUAAAAUGAAACCAUCAAGGAACCACGUUGUGGGGAAGUAUUUCAGCAAUCAAAACAAACUUCAACAGCGACGAGACUCUCUAACAGGUUCUCAAUCUCCAUACCACGUCAGAGGUCCAAUUAACCAGGUCUAUUCUGAGAUUCUUCUCAGCAGGAUGUGUGCGAGUAAAAGGACUCCAUAG